AUGCUUCAGCUUAUGGUGAGAGAAACCAACAGGUACGCUCGAAAGCUCAUCCAAAAUGCAGGUAAUGUAGGUAACUCCAUUUUGAAAGAUUGGCGUGAUACGGAUGUAAAUGAGGUAAGGGCUUUUAUUACUUUACUUUUAGCUCUAGGAAUGGUUAGGCAUGGCAGAUAUGAGUCGCAUUGGUCGACCCAUUGGCUUCUGGAUCAUCCUGGACUUAGAUCUGUUAUGUCCAGAAACAGAUUUUAUCUGUUGCUUAGAUGUAUUCAUCUUGUAGAUGAUGAUGAUGCUCUUCCCGGAGACGACCCGAAUUAUGACAAGGCUUUCAAGGUUAGAUUUUUUAUGGAUCAUGUUGUAAAUAAUUUUCAGACAGCUUUUUAUCCCUCCAGGAAUGUGUCAGUAGAUGAGAGUGUGAUUGCCUUCAAGGGUAGAGUUGGUUUCAAGACUUACCAUCCAAAGAAACCGCACAAACGAGGGAUGACUGCCUGGACAUUGGCCGAUUCCAAGACUGGAUACGUAUUUAAUUCGGAACUGUAUAUUGGGAAUAAUCAAGCUAACGCCACACAGGUGACAGUUAUGAAUCUUUGUCAACCAAUCACAGGUAAGAAACAUCAUGUCUAUAUGGACAAUUAUUUUUCUUCUCCAGAUCUAUUUACCCGGCUAGCAGAUGAAGGUUUGGGUGCAUGCGGCACUUUGAGAACAAACAGGAGAGGAACACCCAAUGCCAUUCAAAAUGCAAAUCCUGCCGUUGGUGAUUCUGUGUUUGAAAGAGACGGUAAGUUGCUCUUUAUUGCUUGGACGGACAAGAGAAAGGUAAGUGUUGAGUACAGUUCACAAUUCUAUGACAUUUGA